AUGCUAAAACUUUGUAUGUAUCGUAAAUUUUACAUUGAUGAUUUAUUACAACAGUUAAUGGAUUUAUUUCCAUAUCAAUUAAUUAUUCAAAAUGAUUCGGGUAGUAAAGAUCCUGAAUCAGAUUAUGAUAUUCGUUUAAGUUCAACGGAUGGUAGUGAUGUUGAUAUAGAUGCAUGUGUGAUAUUCACUGAAUUUUUUUCUACACAUUGGUGUUUGCCAUGUGCUAUUGUAUUUGAUACAAAUCUAUAUCCGAGACAUUUGAAUAGAAUUGAAUCUAUAUUUAAUGUACAGGGAACCGGAUUAGGUAUAUUUAUGACUAUAUGUUGUGAUUAUCCAUAUUAUUUCUUUACUGAAGUCAAUGAUUACAAACAAAAUAAAAUGUCCAUAGUUAAAUUACGAAAAUCUAUGACUGGAAAAGAAUGGCAAGAUUAUAUGAAUACAAUAACAAAAAAUGAUUCUGAUCCAUCAUUAAAAGAAUUUUUUCAUAGUGCUGAUAAAACAUAUUGGAAAUAUACAAAAAAAUUACUUACACAGAUAUCAAAACCAAAUGAAUCAAUUCUUUCUGCAUUAAAUGAAAUUACAAAUAUUGUACCAACAGUCACAACAUGUCGAUAUGAUACAACAAAAUUUGAAAUUUUAUGGAAUAAAAUCCAUCAUGAAAUGAAACCUAUUUUAAUGGAACAUAGUACUAUCUUAUUUAUUUCAUAUCUUCGUCAAGCUCGUAAUCUUGAACGAGAAAUUCGAAAAAGAAAAGAUCUAUAUGAUGAUUCAUUUUUACAUCCAAUACUUCGAAUGCCUCCAAAUGAGAUGUUAUAUAUCGAUUCACUUACUGUCUCUAUGCGACAUAAGUUUUCCAAAGCCAUCUAUUUUGCAAAUGAUGCAUGUGUUGCAGAAGGUUCAUUAUAUUAUGUCAAUGUAGAACAAUAUAACAAUCAUGCUGAUGUUUCAUAUGUUAAAGAUAAAACAUUACGUACAAAUCUUCUGACAAAUAAUCAAUUAUAUCAAUCAUUCAAUGAACAAUAUGGAAAUUUCUUAGAAUAUAUUAAAAAUUAUUCGAACAAACAAGUUCAUCAUGGAAGAAUUAUUUAUCGAAGUAGUAAAUAUUUAUAUCGUUUAUUAAAUACUAUUAUACAUUUAGGUGCAAAUCAAUGGAAUCGAAUGGGUUUUGAUAAUGGUGAACAUAUAAAAAAAUUAGGAUUAAUAGUGCAAGAAUUUUUAUUAUCUAUUCGUAAAUAUAAAUAUCCAUUUAAUGAAAUGAAUUCAAAUGAUCGUGCUAAAAUAAGUGAAUAUUUUGCAUUAGGUAUAUUUCCAACCGAUUCACAAUUGAAAACAUUUUGGGAAUAUCGUAGAUUAACAUUAAAUAAACCAUCUAAAUUAUAUAAAUAUAAACAUUAUCCAUGGAAUCUUAUUCAAAAAUUUCAUUAUCAAUCAAAAAUUCAAGACUUAUUAAUUGCAGAUUUAAAGACACUUGCUAUUGAUAUACAAGAUAAACAAUUCGAUGGUAUAUCAUGUAUUAAACAACAGAAUUGUUUAAUUAUCGCACAAUUUACAUCAGCAGUUUGUAAUCUUGUGAUUGAUUGUCAUAAUAAAAUUUAUUAUAGUUGUUUUCGUGGUAUAUUCGAUAAUAUUCCUGGUAUAAUACGCUUUAUAUUUGAUUGGAAGAUAACACAAUUUAAUAUUGUAAUAAAAUAUGCACGUCAUAAGGAAUAUUCUCAUGUUAAGAAAUCUAAAGUAUAUGAUUAUAUAACAUUAAAUAACUAUACUAUAGGUAUUAUAUUUGGUAUAAGAUUAGCUUGUUUUCAAAUGUUUAUCAUUGCUCCUAUGAUGUUUUUAAUUGAACCUAUACAAAAGUCUUUUUGGAUAUUAAAAACUUUAUUUAAAAUUGAACAACCUUAUGAUCGUAUAUUAUUAGAUACUCAUGCAGCAUAUCUCACAUUAAUUACAGGAAAUAUAUCAGUUGUACAUGAUUCGAGAAUAAUAGAUACAGGUGUUACAAUCAGUGAUGCUUAUGGUACGAAUAGAAGAAUAAAUUAUAUUAUUAGUAUUCUACGUUUAUUGAGUAUAUUCAUGAUUCAAGGUAUUGUUUGGUUUAGUUGGAUGAUAUCAAUUACUGAUCUUACGAGUGUAUUUACUACAUCAGUAUCAUUAAAAUAUAUGUAUAUUAUGCAAAAAUUAUAUAUAAUAUGUUUAUCAUGUGUUUGUAUUAUUGUUUCAGUACUAAAUAUAUGGACUACUAUACGACGUUAUUUGUUAUUAUAUGUCUGUAAAAAUGUACAAUAUUUAGCUGCUGUUAGAGAAAAUCAAGGAACAAGAGCAUAUUAUCUAUCGAUAUUCACUUAUAUUAUAGUUGGUAUUAUAUUUAAUAUUAUUUUUACUGUAUUAGAUCUUGAGCAUGCACAAUGGUUUCAUAUUACACCAUUUGCAAUAAUUUUUGAUACUCAACCAUCACGUUUAAGUUCUAUACAAUUAAUAACACUUAUCAUUUCACAAGGUAUGGCUAUUGCUUUAAUUGAUGUUAUUAAUAGAAGUGCACGUGGUAAAGAACGUCUUCCUGAUGAUGAACUAUCAAAUCGAAAUAGAAUUGAUAGAAAAGAAUGGUUAAAUUUUCCAGUUGGUACAAUUUGUUCAUUAUUGAGAUUUAAGAAAAACAAAAGAAAAAAAGACUGA